AUCUGCUUCUGAAUAUUUCAAUUUCAUUUGGUAGACCUAUCGUACACAUUUGUUUCCCCCCUGGUGGUUUUUUGGUAGCCAACAUAAAGCUGGUGGAAGCUCUAGGCUACUAGCAGAUGAGUUGAUUCCGAUGGAUUCUACUGUGAGUGGAUAUGCCACUACUUCACUAUUCUCUAAAGCUGUUUGGGUUUCGAUUAAUCCAUUGCUUAGUACAGGAUACCAAUCCCCUUUAAAGUUAGAUGAAGUGCCUUUGCUUCCACCUGAUUUCCAAGCUGUAAGAACGUCAGAGUUUUUACAAAAAAAUUUCCCUAAGCCAGUGCAGUUGUCUGAUAUAUAUGUCGGAACAACUCUAAUCCGAAGUUUCAUUGCUACUGCUUCUGCGGAUAGAACAAAACUUUGAGCCCGAUUCAAAUUAUGACAUCUUUUCUACUCUACGUCCUUAUUUUUGCCAUAUUCUAUGCUAUGUAAACUUACGAAUUUAAAAUAGCGGUAAAUAACAAUUUUAUUUUUUCUUAU